AUGGCGUCUUCUCAUGAUAAAGGAGCUGCAGGUGACUCAAUGGGAACCAAUAAUAUGAGUAAUUUUGGUCAAAGGAGACAGCGUGUCUACGAACUGUCAAAAAUUUCAGAGAUUACCUUUAAAGAAGCCUUGCAUGAGUGGUCCUGCGACAAAAUUCGAGAGAUGUUACGUGCAGAAUCAGUGAAAGUAAGAAAAUACACAGGCUUGACGAAAGAUCAGAUCAUCAACAGGCUUUACAAAACCGUAUCAAAGAAAAACACUAGAGAACGUGAGGUAGAAGAGAGGAAUCCAUCACCAAAAAGACAGAGGAAAGAUCCUGAGCCUUCGCACGAUGUGACUCCAUCAGCUCAAGCUAAAGGGAAGGGUACUAUCCGCUGUAAAAACUUGGCUUGCCAGGCUAAACUGAAAAAGGUAGACCCUUUUUGCAAAAGGUGCUCAUGUUGUAUCUGCCAUAAGUAUGAUACCAAUAAAGAUCCUAGUUACUGGUUAACCUGCACUUCGGAUCCUUCAUUCGACGAUAAAGCUUGUGGCUUAUCGUGCCAUCUGGAAUGCGCUUUCAAGAGUGAUAAAUCGGGUAUACUUGAGUACAAGGAAACUAGUGAUGUUGAUGGAUGCUUCAUCUGCGUCUCAUGUGGCACGCCUAGCAGUAUACUUGAAUGUGUGAAGAAGCAAUUAGUUAUAGCAAAAGAAGAAAGAAGAAUAGGCGUACUUUAUAUCCGUCUUCUCUUGGCUAAGAAGCUCCUAAAGGGCACAAAGAAGUACAAAGCAAUAUCUGAAGAUGUGGAGAAAGCUGUGGAGGAGUUAAAAACUGAAUUCCGUAGUGAUCCUCUUACGGAUGAUGAUCCAUCAUAUAUGAGUAGAGGGCUCGUUAACAGACUUCGAUGUGCGAUGACCGUGAAGCAAUAUUGUUUUUCUGCUUUGAAGGCGCUGAUCGAUGGAUCAUUCAACAUUAGAUUUGUGGAUGUUUUGGCGAGUUCUGUCACUUUAGUUAUUGGCGCCGCGGAAGAAUCUUCCUCAAGGGGAACCACCGACGUCCAUUACAGCGUGUGGCAUCGUAAGGUCACAGAGCAACAUUACCCAGAAUAUUCGACUUGUAAAUUGUUCAGUCCAAACACAAGGUUUGUGGUCUCUGGUCUAACUCCAGCUACAGAUUAUUGCUUCAAAGUUGUUUCCUCUCGCGGCGCCAAAGAGUUGAGCGUAUCCCAAUCCAAUGUCUCUACAAAAACCGUCCCAGAAGAUGAAGCGGCAGGGGCAGCAGAAGCUUUAUUGACUCUUUCAAGCUCUUCUACAAACUGCAACAAUUUUUCAACUCCACAGCCUUCACUAAAUGCGGACAAAGUGGAGGACGUAGCAGGCUGCAUCAGCUUUGGGUUUGAAAAGUGUGUCAAGCUAAUCAGGCAGCUUGAAUGCUCAGGGCAAGUUACAACUGAGUUUAGACAGAAGUUUCUCACAUGGUAUAGCGUAUGUGCGACGGCUAAAGACAAGUAUGUGGUGAAAAUAUUUCUUCUUACUUUUAAAGAAGAUACAGAAGCCCUUGCUGAGCAGCUCAUUGAUACAUUCUCUGAUUGCAUUUCAAGAAAGCGUCAUGCGGUUGAUGGUGGUGGCAUCUGA